AUGGCGAAGAAAAACCGCUCAGCUUCUCAACUGGAGAGUCUCAAGGAUACUGUGAUGAAAAUGCGUGCUGAAAUGAUAAAUCUAAAACAAAAUAACGAGAGACUUCAAAAAUUGGUUACUAGUCGCUCUUUAGCGGGAAGUUCAGGAAGUUUGGGAGCACCACUGAGUCCUAGUGGUAGUUUGAGUGAACCAAGGCGAUAUAGCCUGGUUGAUACUGCCUCGAGACCACCAAUGGAAUUACCAAAUACUUUUGAAGAAACCGAAGAAGAAAAUAUCCCACCAGCUCCUGCACCAGAUCCACCCCAAACAAUUAGUCCGACUUCUCAUAUUGAUUUAACUCCUCCGCCUCAAGUUGAAUCCGUUCCUCCAGAGUCCUUAAGUACCACUGUUGUGGAUGAUAUUGACCAUCUUGAUGGUAAGAAGAUAUCAAUUGCUGUAUAUUUGGGCCAACCUGAUUCAUUUCAAAAAUACUCGGAAGAGAUUAUGGACUGCGACUACUAUUACGCUAAUGUACCUUCUUUGGAUAGUCUUAGUCCUAAUGGAGAGAAUGGUGAUAAUACCAAUUUCACUGAGUUUACAAUUGCCUAUACAUAUAUUUCAGGCAAGACAACUUGGCAAAAUCUUGACUAUAUCGUGCGAAAAACUUUCAAAGACUAUCUUUCAAAGAUUGAUCCAGGUACUAGUUUGGGGCUCAAUACCGAUUCAAUUACAUCUUAUCAUUUGGGAGAAGCUAAAAGAGGACCGGAAAUGGGUUUUCCAGAGCUUUUACCAUGUGGAUAUAUUGUUGGCAAUGUGAAAACACUUUACAUCUGCCUGCAGGGUGUUGGUAGUCUCGCUUUCGAUAGUCUCAUCCCUCGUAGCAUUGUUCACCGAUAUAUUAGCCUCUUAACGGAACAUCGACGGUUAAUCUUAUGUGGUCCUAGUGGAACAGGAAAGUCCUAUUUGGCACGAAAACUGGCAGAAUUCCUGGUUGCACGCUCAGGUAGGGGAAAUCCUGCUGAGGCAAUUGCCACAUUCAACGUGGAUCACAAAUCUUCAAAAGAACUUCAGCAAUAUUUGGUUCACGUAGCAGAACAAGCCUCUAUGGUGAAUUGUGUAUCAGAACUGCCAUCCGUGAUAAUUCUUGAUAAUUUACAUCAUGCAUCAGCGCUUGGUGAUGUGUUCUCGUGCCUUUUAAGCGCGGGACCAGCGUCAAAGUUACCCUGCAUCAUUGGGACCAUGUCGCAAGCUACGUGCAACACGACAAAUCUACAGCUUCAUCAUAAUUUCCGAUGGGUGCUAACAGCUAAUCAUAUGGAGCCCGUCAAGGGUUUCCUGGCUCGCUUUCUUCGUCGGAAGUUAUUUACAUUGGAACUCACGGCUCAUAAUACCCAACCACAGCUAUCUAGUAUUUUGGCUUGGUUGCCCACUGUGUGGCAGCACAUAAACCGUUUCUUAGAAACACACAAUUCUAGUGAUGUAACUAUUGGACCGCGUUUAUUUCUUUCAUGUCCGUUGGACAUGAAUGAUUCCCAAGUCUGGUUUACGGAUGUGUGGAAUUACCACUUGGCGCCAUAUCUAGUCAAUGCUGUACGGGAAGGUGUGCAGCUCUAUGGGCGUCGCGGUGGUGUUUGGGUUGACCCAUCCACAUACAUACGCGACACAUAUCCUUGGCCAGUGGGUCCCACAACGGUACCCUCAUUGCGUCAGAUAAAUGCUGAAGACGUGGGACUUGAGGCAGGACCAACUGGCAAUAGUGAACAGCAAGAUCCACUACUAAACAUGCUAAUGAGGCUUCAAGAGGCUGCCAACUAUAGCAACAACCAGGAUCAAGAAUCAGAUUGUGCCAGUCUUGAUUCAAACAUCACGCAAGAUAGUUUUGCAGGGGGCGAUUAAAGUCAUUUUAGAAUUUGGAAAAUAAUUAUUAAUUUUGUAAAUGGAUGGUUCUAGUAUUCCUCCAUUUAUUGUAUAUUUAUCUUUUAUUUUUAUGUGUUGUUGUUUGAAAUUUUUAUGAAUUAAUUCACAAUCUUAAUAACUUAGGAAAUUUUCAUAGUUCAAUUAUUUAGUUGGCGCAUUUGAGCUUUUUAUUAAAUUACGAGGUAAAAAUCAAAGUUCUAACAUUCGUCCAAGAGUGGUCUUUUACAAGUAUUUUUUUUCCUUUUGUUGUUUUCACUCCUAGGAAUUUCAUUAAUGAUUUAACAAUUUUAAUUCAUUUAUGAAUAUCACUCAAACUACAUACAUAUACAAUACCAUUUUGACUCAUAAUUGAACUUCCAUUACUAUUAAAGAAAAUUUACCACACUGGAUCAUAGUAUUUAUAUCAAAUUUAAAAGGCGAGGAAAAAAACAACCCUAAUAUUUACACUCAUUAAAUAGCUACAUACAUAUUAUACAGUAUAAAAAAAACAAUAAUACUUAUAAAAGAAAUUUAAAAAAUUGAUAUGAAAACGAAUUCGCAUAAAUUUUAUACUUUCAUAAACAACAAACACAGUGCUUUGGAAAGAAAUAUUGUGAAAUAAAUUUGAUUAACAUACUCUCUAAAAUAAAAGUGUAUAUAAUGAGGGCUAAAUAACUUGAUAAUUCAAUGAAACAAUAAAAUAUAAUAUUUCCAGUAUA